AUGAGUGACGACUUUUCUGACGGAGAGGGCAGGGCACAGCGGACAAAAUGGAGUUUGAAUUUUGUGUAUUCCUGUUCAGUUUUAUCUAGGUAUGAAAACCAGAUCACUAUUUUGUCAGACUACUUAGAAGAAUUUCCAGAAACUGAUGAGCCAGUGUGGAUUCUAGGAAGGCAACACCACCUAAACACAGACAAAUCUAAGUUAUUGUUGGACAUAAGCGCUCGUCUCUGGUUUACGUAUAGAAGAAAGUUUUCGCCUAUUGGAGGCACUGGUCCGUCGUCUGAUGCUGGCUGGGGAUGUAUGCUGCGAUGUGGGCAGAUGAUGCUGGCACAGGCACUGAUCUGCAGACAUUUAGGAAGAGAUUGGCAAUGGGAAAAACACAAAAAACAACCAGAAGAAUAUCAUAGAAUCUUACGGUGCUUUCUAGAUAGAAAAGAUUGCUGUUAUUCCAUCCACCAAAUGGCGCAGAUGGGUGUUGGAGAGGGGAAAUCAAUUGGAGAAUGGUUCGGACCAAAUACAGUUGCUCAAGUACUGAAGAAGCUUGCUUUAUUUGAUGAAUGGAAUUCAUUAGCAGUUUAUGUAUCUAUGGACAAUACAGUGGUCAUUGAAGACAUCAAGAAGAUGUGCUGGUCCCCUCCCCAGAGCAGCAGCGCGGCCCACAGCAGCGCACAUUUGCACAGAAGCGCUCUUGGCCGAAAUAAGAACACGGCAGGAUUCUGCACAGGCUGGAAGCCCCUCUUGCUUAUUAUACCUCUACGGCUAGGGAUAAAUCACAUAAAUCCAGUGUAUAUUGAUGCGUUUAAAGAAUGCUUUAAGAUGCCACAGUCUUUGGGAGCAUUAGGAGGGAAACCAAAUAACGCCUAUUAUUUCAUAGGAUUUUUAGGCAAUGAGCUGAUCUAUUUGGACCCUCACACCACUCAAAGUUUUGUAGAUUCGGAAGAAAAUGGCACAGUUGAUGACCAGAGCUUCCACUGCCAGCAGGCCCCACACAGAAUGAAGAUCAUGAAUUUGGACCCUUCAGUAGCUUUAGGUUUCUUUUGCAAAGAAGAAUGUGAUUUUGAUAACUGGUGUAGUCUCGUACAAAAGGAGAUUCUAAAGCAACAGAGUCUACGGAUGUUUGAGCUGGUCCAGAAGCAUCCACCACACUGGCCUCCUUUCAUACCUCCAACAAAGCCAGAAGUGACAACUACAGGAGCAGAACUCAUUGAAUCUACUGACAAGCUAUUUGAAUUGGAAGAAGAAUUUGAAAUCCUGAGCGUAUGAAGGAAACCGUGGUGACCCUUCUGAGUAUUGAACAUAUUGGUAGUAUUAUUGCAUUGACUUAAAUCACACAGCCAUGUUAGCCCCAAAGUGCCUGAGAUUACAGAUAACAGAGCACAAAAAGCUAGUAGCAUCCAAAACUCCAACAGUGACAGUUCCUGCUGUCAAAGAGCUUCCCCAGAUGGAAAGGCAGUAAAAGAUCUUAUAAGAGCAGCCUUAAAGGGAACCUCUUUUUAAGUGUGUCUUUCCUGAAGACUAACGGACCUUUGAGAUUAAGGCAAAAAUAAGUAUUUCACUGGGCUGUACGUUUGGAGAAAGGGAUAACACCAAAUGGGUAUUUCUUGCUCUCAUAUAAUGCAAUAGUUUAGUUCUUAAAGCAAAACAGUUUUCAGUUAAGGAGGAUGUUUACUGCUGUUCUCUCCUGUGGGCUGCAUCGUAGAGAAAAUACAUUGUCUCGUUUAAAAGAUCGACUGGAUCAGAAGAAAAUUGUUUCCUUGUUAAAUAUUUUAACAUGUAUUUGAGCAACCACACUUUAUUACAAAAAUGUUUCUGUAAAAGGAACUAUGUCUAAUGUAUACGUUUUGCAAUAGCCUUCCUGUUUCUGGGAAACCUCAAGAGGAACAGGAGACUCAAACAGUUGAUAGAGAUCACAACCACUGUUCUAGUUAUAUUUCACCUUGACCUUAAAAUUCAGAUCAUUAGGCUGACUUUUCUUUCAGAGCUAAAAUGAGUCAAAGGUGGGUUAACUGUACCUUAUUUAUUUUAAAAAAGAUUUACACAAGUUUCUCUGUUAACAGCACUUUAUCUGUGCAUCUAAUAAAUUUCUUAAGCUUUUCAUAGGUUGUAUGCUGCU